UUAAAUUUAUUUUUAGUUGAUUUUCAUUGGCUCAAGAUCUAAAGUUUCAUUUACAUAUAAACCUAAAAGAAAACAAGUUUCAAUCCUCCCACCAAACUUUCUGCUGGUACUCCCUCAUUUAGGUUUUCCCACAAGCUGAUUGAUGAAUAUGUCAAUGAGCUUGUGUGGAAACCUUUGAUAUUCUUUGUUGAAUGUUGGUAUAAUCGAAUUUAUUUCGGAAAGGAAUGAUCAUUCGAUUGAAUCACAACAAUGGAGCUUUUUACUGCAAAUUGUCUGUCCACGGAAAACAAACCUCUUGAGCUUUCAAAACUGGCCAUAGAAGAUAAAAGCUCGGUUAAAAAGAACACUGAAAGCACCAUUACACCUGUGGAUCAUGGUGUAAAGCUGUGGCAAGAGAACAGAGAAAAAUGGGUGGGAGAUCAAUCUAGACAGAGAAAAAAAACUACAAAGGAUCAGAUUAUAAGUUGGUCCACUACAUAUGAAGAUCUUCUCUCAUCUCAUGAACCUUUCUCUGAGUCGAUUCCUUUACCCGAGAUGGUGGACUUUCUGGUCGAUAUAUGGUAUGACGAAGGCCUUUACGAUUAGAAGAAGAAUCAAACAAUGCCAUCAAAUCGAACAAAGAACAAAGAAAAAAAGAGAUUCAAUUAAAAAUCACUAGGAGUUGCGAAAACAUCUACUCACAUACUCCAUUUGUGACCACUCACAUACUCCAUUUGUAACACUUGUAUGAUUGUUAAAUGAGAACAAAACUGAUUCCAAAUAAGUCUUGUUACUUUAAUGCAAACACACAACAUCAGUGAGAAGACUUGAGUUUGAUCCAU